GCUCACGCAAUAUCCGGCGAGCAUUGUCGGAACAGAGCAGCGCGAGCUUCGGAGCUGCAAUGGCUUGCAGCGCUCUCUCGUCGCUCAACUUCGUCGCUCCCGUCGUUCCGCCGACCAAGCACUUCCUCUUCUCCGAUCCUAUCCACUCCGCCGCCAGGUCGAGGCUCGCGCUUCCGCCGCCGCCGCGCGUCGCCUCCAUCCCCAUCCCGCCGAUGAACGCCGACUACCUGGCGGACGAGUUCAGCGGGCGCGGGGUGGCGUUCGAGGCCAUCGGGGACGACUGCGUCGCGAAGCUGAGCCUCGACGACGGGAGCUCGGCGGUCCUGAUGCUCCCCCGCGGCCUGGUGACGUCGUACAAGGCGCCGAUGUGGCACGGGGCGAAGAUGGAGCUGCUGCAGACGGUGGUCUCGGAGGGCGAGGACGGCGGAGGGGCCGAGGUGCGAGGCGGCGUGUGCGUCGACGUCGGCGUGGAGGGCGAAGGCGAGGAGGACGGGCGAGUCUCGUGGCGUCCGAGGGACUGGGCCGUUCGCGACGUUCGAGGAAAUUCAGGAGACUCUGUUCAGGUUGAACUCAUUAGCCGUGAUUCGAAGGGCAUGGUGGAUGUAAGAUACGUUUUGACCCUUCAAAGACAGGUCUUGAGCACUGAAAUGGAAGUCUCCAAUACAGGAACAGCACCGGUCCAGUUGAGGGGUUCGAUCUUGAGCCAUCUAAACGUGAGCACGCCAGACGCGACCUACGCCAUUGGAUUAGAAGGUUCGGAUUUCUUCAAGAGGCCGCCUUUUCCAUCGAGCUUUAGAAUAUUUCCUCCAGAAGUCGACCUGAAAGGCGAGUCUGGUUUGGGGAAGCUGUGGGAGAAGUUCAAUCCUCGAGGAUUUGCCUCUGGAAAUGAUUACGGAAUGGAGGACGAAACGGAAGGUGAAGAAGAUGACAGUUACAAGCGCCUUACAGAUGAAAUGAGCAUUAUAUAUACCAGUGCCCCUACAAAUUUGACAAUAAUUGACAGGGGCAGGAGGAAUUCAGUUGUAGUAGGAAGGGAAGGUUACAACGAACUAUACCUGUACAGCCCUGGUUCUCGGCACGAACACUAUAGCAAGUAUGCAUACAUCUGUGUGGGGCAGUCAGCUCUCCUUAAACCAGUGGUUAUUUGUCCGGGAGAAGUCUGGAGAGGAGGGCAACAUUUACAUAAUCCAAACCUCUGAAGUCCUGGAGAAGGGCCUCAGACAAAUGGUAGAAGGCCCGUGGCAGAGCAAGUUAUCACCUUCACUAUUCACCAUCAUGAUCAAGUUUAGCCAAAAUGGUAAAUUGAUUUUGUAUGUGCCAUCCCAAAUCAACAGCAUCUGACUGCCAUUCACAAGGCUGCAAUGCUAGCCAUUGGAUGUUCCAUCAACUAAAAAAUUGGUACAUGCCAGAUCCUUUACUUGUAUAUCGUAUUAAGGUUUAUGAACAAAGUUCAUUAAUUGCAAAGUAAAAUUGCUUCC